CGCGCGGGAUGCGCUGAAGGGCGAGCGGCGCGGUGGCGGCGAUGAGUGCCUCUGCGGCCACCGGGGUCUUCGUGCUGUCCCUCUCGGCCAUCCCCGUCACUUAUGUCUUCAACCACCUGGCGGCCCAGCACGAUUCCUGGACAAUUGUAGGGGUUGCUGGCCUCAUCUUGCUCCUGGUAGCCCUGCUGGCUCGCGCCCUGGUCAAAAGAAAACCACCCCGGGACCCACUGUUCUAUGUGUAUGCAGUUUUCGGAUUUACCAGCGUGGUGAACCUCAUCAUAGGCUUGGAACAGGAUGGAAUCAUUGACGGGUUCAUGACACACUACUUGAGAGAGGGUGAACCGUAUCUGAACACUGCGUACGGGCACAUGAUCUGCUACUGGGACGGCUCUGCUCAUUAUCUAAUGUAUCUGGUGAUGGUGGCGGCCAUAGCGUGGGAGGAAAGUUAUAGAACUAUUGGCCUCUACUGGGUUGGAUCUAUUAUCAUGAGCAUUGUUGUUUUUGUGCCAGGAAACAUUGUGGGGAAGUAUGGAACCCGCAUUUGCCCUGCUUUUUUCUUAAGCAUACCGUAUACUUGUCUUCCUGUCUGGGCUGGUUUCAGAAUCUAUAAUCAGCCAUCAGAAAAUUAUAAUUAUCCCUCAAAGGUCAUUCAAGAAGUCCAAGCCAAGGACCUGCUGAGAAGACCAUUUGAUUUAAUGUUGGUCAUGUGUCUCCUCCUGGCAACUGGAUUUUGUCUGUUUAGAGGCUUGAUUGCUUUGGAUUGCCCAGCUGAGCUCUGCCGAUUUUAUACGCAAUUUCAAGAGCCCUACCUAAAGGAUCCUGCUGCUUAUCCUAAAAUCCAGAUGCUGGCCUAUCUGUUCUAUUCUGUCCCUUACUUUGUGACUGCGCUUUAUGGCUUAGUGGUUCCUGGAUGCUCCUGGAUGCCUGACAUAACACUGAUGCAUGCCGGAGGUCUAGCUCAGAUUGUCUUGAAAUUGUCAAAAAGGUCAGCAAGGGUAUCUAAAAACAAAGAGCCCACCUGAGUUCUCAACAAAGUAGAAUUUCAGAUCAUGAACAGGCGAUUCUCUUGGCACUGCCCUAAGCACUCCACAAAGAUCAGCUCAUUGAACAGGCAUAGCAAUCCUUAUGAGGUAGGCUCCAUUAUUAUCUUACUUUUAUAGAUGAGGAAGCCAAAAAGGUUACAUACCUAACCCAAGGUCAUACUGCCAGUAGAGAUGGGCUCUGACACUGGUGGUCUGGUUCCAGAUGCAGUGUUCUUAACCCCUGGACUGUGCUGCCCAGAAAACCCUAAAAAGUGACACAGUUCUGGAUUAACUACUUAUAUUGUAUCGGCCAAAUAGCCUGGCUGUUGUUCCAGCAUUAGUUUUGGCCUAUGAUACUUAUGUGGACACAUGAUACUCUUUCAGCUCUUCUUUCUGGAACCAAGAUCAUGAUUUUUUAGUCAUCCUUUCCAUGUUGUCUCUAAAUACAAGAAAAGGGAGCUAUUAAAAUUUAACCGUUCUUGGCUUUUUUUUUUUUUUUGCCUCAUUUUCCAUUCUAAUCAUCCAUUAAAAAAAAGUCAAAGCAUAUCUUGUAAAUUUACUUGAGGUGGAAGCUGAUUUAGAAUGGCAAGAAAGAGGAUUAGUGCCUCCCAACGUCAGAUCACUGAACUUGGCAGAAGUUUCUGGGCUCCACAAGUUGUACCUAUGAUCCUGGGUGACAGUCAGCUCAGCGGCACUGAGCCCAGAGCCCCUGGAUACAAACCCAGGUGCCAGGCUGAGCUCUCGGUCCUUCCAUCGGCAGGCCUUGUGUGCUGGGGGAGGGCACCGUUCUCAGCAAGACGGGGUUUUUCUGAAGCCUGGGGAGGAAGCAGUGGUUGGGUGCUGACUCAGCAGGAGGUGUGGCCACUGUAAAGACACCUGUUAGAGCUGCAGGCACUGCCAGAAACCGCAGAACACUGGCCUUAGGCUUCUCUCACCUGCAGACACCUCUUUGCAUUAGAAAUGUAAAUAGGUAAUUCUGGAGAAGGCAGGCCUACCAAAAUAGGUAUAAAAAUAGAGAAAUGCUUUGUAGAACCUUUCUGUACUUUGACAGUCACAAGACCAAUGUUGUUUAAUGUUUAUUGAGCUCUAACAAUUUGAGAGGCGCCACACAAAACAUUAGACACAGUACCUGCCCGGUGGGCUUACAAUCUAAUCUAAGGACAUGAUCAUUUUGUAAUGUUGCCAUGAUUUUGCUGUUUUUUGAAAAUGAGGUAUUAACUGCACUGGGGAGUGCAGGAAAAGAGCCUACGGAAUCACUGACUUUUUAUGCAGGUUUCCCUAUGCAAGUAGGCAUGAUUGCUCAUAUUAAUCUCUCAAAGUAUGGUUGGCAUUUCCCCAAACCUGGUGAUUUUUGUCAUGUGUACAAGUGUCUAUAAAGACAAAGACACCAAACCCACAUUUCUGAAGAUCAAGGUUCAUAUCUAGCCUCUAGUCCAGAAGUUUGGUUAUACUAUUCAGAAAAACACUGUUAUUCAAAAGAAGCCCGAGGGAAAGACAGCAACAGGGGCCAAGCUCCUGAUCAGUGCUCCUAGAACUACCCAAGAGCGGCUCCUUGGAGCAGCCUCUCCAGUACCCUUUACUCACAAGGCUGUUUGUCUUCAGAGCCCGGAGAUGGAAUGCUUACCAUCUGUGGGGUGCCCUCUGGGCCUCUGCCUGGGGGACAUGUGCUUGAGGGCAGAGCCCUCACGGAGCCUCAUGGAUCACAGUGCAGACAGAGGUGGACAGUUUCUGUGUUGGUCCUUGGUAACACGCCACACUAAUUUUUUAUCUCCAGAGAGUAGCAAAACUGUACUGUGAGGUCCCCAGAAUGUAUCAGUAAUUUGUAAAAAUGUAGCCUAUUAAAGUACCUGUCACUGAUACAGAUCCAUACACAUGCUGCCAAUGAAAGCUUGUCCUUUUCUUCUCUUGGUAAAGUCAAGUGCUAAGGAACAACUUUUAUCUGUUAACCACUUAGCAGAAUAAACUGAUUUCAUACAGAAGGAAGUGUAAGAACUUAUACGUAUUUAAAGCAAAUUAGUUUUUCAUUCUUAUUCUGUGACUUCUUUAGGUUAUAAUAUCUUCUCUCUUUACUUUGAUCCUGAUGAACUAAUAAUUCAUCACUUGUUAUAUUUAGAACCAAUCCUUUAUUCACAUAUAGCUUAGAUUUCCAGACUCCAGGGUUGCAUUUUGUAACAAUAUGAGAAUCCUGAGGAAAUCCUCACACAGAAGCCUUUUCUAAUACAGUUUUCCCCUGUGCUUAUGAAAAGUAUCAAAAAAGAUACAUUCUGAAUGUACGUUAUGAACAAGUAUAUAAGUACAAAUGGGAAGCUCUAGCCUCAGGUUAUGCUGACAAGCCAUACUUCUAAAUAAAUUAGAAUUUGAUUUGCCUACAUGUACAUUUACCAUUUUAUAAAGAGCAACCACAGUCCUACCCCCACCCAAGUUGGUAACAACCUUACUUACAAAACAACCCUUAGUAUUUUUUAAAGUUGCAUAAAAAAAAAUACAUGAAGAAAUAAACAGAAAAUAUAUAAUGAAGGGCUUUGAGCUCUUGUUGCAAGGAAUAGGUAAAAAAGACUGAUUAAUGAAGCUGAGGUCCUCAGUGCUUCUCUUUAAAUAGCUGUAUUAAAAAUAUUUUCACUUUUUAAACUCUGUACUUUCUUCAUUUGUAUUGGAACACAUUUAGUAAGCCACAAUGAGUGCCUGUAUAGAUCUCCAGAAUGCAAAUCAGAAGGAAAAAAACCCUGAGAUUUUAUUCAAUUUUUUAAAUUGAGCACUAAUGUUUGGUAAGGGGCACUGGAUGGGUGAUAAAGCCACACUAAGGAAGGUUUACUUUAUUUGAACAGUUAUGUUAAGACUGGCCCUAAAUUCAGUGAAAUCCUGAAGACUAUGGAUUGUUUGAGAGAAUACUGGUUUUGAGGGCACAGGAAACAUGGUCUGAAUGAGUCAUCCAGAACACACUGUGAAUCCAACUGAACACAGAAUUCAUGCUUACCUCCCCCCUUUUUCUUUAAAUGCAACAGGCUCAGUUUUCUCACAUCGGUGCUUCUCUUCAUGCUAGAACUGCUUAUGUCUACAGAGUCCCCGAAGAAGCGAAAACCCUUUUUCUAGCAUUAAACAUAGCAUAUGGAGUUCUUCCUCAGCUCUUGGCCUAUCGUUGUAUCUACAAACCAGAGUUCUUUAUAAAAACAAAGGCAGAUGAAAAAGUUGAAUAAAGAUAUUAUUUCAUGUU